AUGGUUCAGUACUUCGCUGUUUUCCUGAUUCUCUCUUUUUUUGGCGGCUCUGUGGGAACAACCACCUCACCUCAGCAACGAAAUGAUUCAAAGUUAAAAGACUUAUGCCAGGUAAGAAAUGCAUAGAGAUAUAAAAAAGGAGAAUUGCGCCGUUUUACUAGUCUCACGUCGUUAUUAUCAUUUACUAAAUAGUACCCGUUACAAGUGUAUGGCAGUUUAUUUAAAAGUCCUCACUUCAGCAUGAUCUUUCCUCGAAAACCUGACGCCUGUCCAUUGUUAACUGUUAAUUUUCUCUGAUUCUAUCCAAGUCCAUUCGAGGGGAGAUAACGCGUUAACUUUAACAGUAGCUAAAAACCUAGGCUCAUUGUUUGAUGAGCAGCUCACUAUGUCAACUCAUAUUAACAAGUUAUGUGGUGUUGCCUUUUACCAUUUGCAUGAUAUUAAACGCAUUCGCAAGUAUUUGUCUCGGGAAUCAACGAUACUACUUAUUACGUUCAAAGCAAUUCACGGCCUUGCUCCUAAAUAUUUACGCAAUUUACUAACAUUUAAAUCGUCCUUAUAUAACCUUAGAUCUUCAGGUAGUAUUUUACUUUCUAUGCCAGCUGUUCGAUCGAAGACGUUAGGUGAUAGAGCUUCUAUGGUAGCAGCGCCAAGGCUCUAGAACUCUCCUCCAAAAGAACUUCGUACGAUUACUAAUGUGAACAGUUUUAAGGCGUAUAUUAAGACUUAUCUUUCUGAUCUUUUUAGAACUUUAUAUUGGUGAGCAAUAUUAUAUUCAGUUCUUACUUACAUGCAUAUAUAUUCAUUUUAUUUUUUAUUUUUAAAUGCGUUAUCUUUUAUUAAAUUCUUGUAAAGUAAUGCAGUUGUAAUGCGCAUUCUGAUCAUUCUCAUGUUAAGCUGUGCACGGGGGGGCACUUUUGGAAUUUCUGGGUGGUGAUGUGCCGCUGGGAGCCUGGAACCCCUAACCUUCACCAGAGCUAGUUCAGCUGAAUUUUGCUACCCUAUACUAGAGUAAACUCCCCAAAUCCCCCUGUCCUAGAGUAGCUGUGUACCUAGUCUAGAUAAAAUCUUCAACCAACUGAUCAGUUUCCUGAAAAAUGAUACCCUAUUCUAGAGCCAAUCGCUCUGAUUUAUAUACCCUAUCCUAGAGUAAACUGCUUGAAAACCAUACCCUUCACAGCGGCACAUACCUAUAUAGCCCAUAUAUGGCAGUACCCCCCCGGGGUGUGCACAAUAAGUUCAUAAACUAUUAUUAUUAUUAUUAUUAUUAUUAUUAUUAAAUAGGAUUAUGAUGUCCAAUGUCCAUUCCGUGCCUCGAAAACAAGAGAGACGGCUGGCGUGUACAGACUUUGUUCAUUUGAGAAGGAAAGAGAAAUAAUUAUGCGAAUCUUUUUCGUUGCUGUUCUUAAUCUAAGUAAUGGUGACAUUCAUAAUUUCUUGGAGACAAGGUCUGAAAACUGGUGUGGAUUUUAGACUCUGAAAACGAGUGUAAAAAAUAACGUGUUUUGGUCUGAAAUAGAGUCAGGAUUUGGGGAACCGGGCGGCACAUUCCCACCGAGGAGUACAUCCCCCCCCCUUCUCCCCGAGUCAUUUACAAUCGUCUCUGCUAACUACAAGUCAUCUUUACUUUCAGCGAUCUAUGCUGGGUUUCCUUGGUAUUCCAGGAUCAAAUGGGAUACCGGGAGUGCCGGGCGUCCCGGGGCCACAUGGACCCCAGGGAAGAGAAGGUGUAAAAGGACAACUUGGUGAUAAAGGAUCACAAGGAAUGCCGGGUCCAAGAGGAGACAGAGGGCGCGAAGGACCCCCUGGGAAGAGUGGACCACGAGGAAUUCAGGGAAUGAAAGGUCAACAGGGACUUCUGGGAAUGAAAGGAGAGCGCGGAGCAGUGGGAAUAAAAGGAGAGCGAGGCAUUGCGGGAAUGAAAGGAGAGCAAGGAGCUGUGGGAAUGAAAGGACAGCGAGGCAUUGUGGGAAAUUCAGGAAGAAAAGGAGACAAAGGAGAGAAAGGAGAAAGCGCCAAAGCAAGUCAAGCAAGUGUAUUAACACAAACCAACUGGAAACAAUGUGUGUGGAAAUCACUCAGCAAUACUGAUAACGGGAUGAUUAAGGUAACUGAAAAUAAGAAUCAUAACAAAUUCUAAAGGAAAGUAAUUCCUCUCUAAAUCAAAAUAUUUCAAAGAAGAACGUCUCCCUUCUCACUCACCAUUUUCCAUCACAUUACAUAAAUAACUAAGUUACAUUUCUCUCUACUUUGGUUCUUUUUGAACGAAAAAAGGAAAGCCAUCUUGGGUGAUAAAAUGAUUCCUGGCCAUAAGGAUAACGAAAAUUGAAGCUAUUACAGAGUUUUUAAAAAUUAGAAAGUAAUCUUGACUGGAGUUGUUAGUAUCAAUCAUUACACACGGUUGCUCGCCUUACUACAAUAUGUUUGAUUUGUUUGAUUUUUAUUCUAGGACUGUGCGUUUAACAAACUGCAGUCUAAUUCAGCGCUCAGAGUCUCAUUCCAGGGAAACAUGAGGGUCCAUGGUCAUCUUAAGUGUAACCGGUGGUAUUUCAAGUUCAAUGGAAAUGAAUGCAGUGGACCAAUGACGAUUGAGGCUGUUGUUUACAACUACUGGCCACCUGGGAACAACCCUACUUUGCUGCGUCAUCGGUCAUUUGAGGGAUACUGUGAAAACAUCCCUCAAGGCGCUGUUAGAGUGGAAUUAUGGGUAGGACAGUGUAGUGGCGAAAACCUGGGUGAUGCUGCCACUGGGUGGAAUUCAGUGUCCCGGAUAAUGAUUGAAGAAGUAUCUAGGCCCCAGUCCUAA